CCUACUCGACUCACCUGGCCGGCUGUCGGCGCUGGACGCUGCCGCUAAUUUGUGCUCGAGAGCAGUCGCUCGUUUUGGCGCUACAUUGAGUAGUUCACUUGCGACAUUGGCGCGGUGCGGUAGUGCAUAUAGAAGCGUGUAUAGUAUAUUGAACGCGUGUGGUGAUUUUUGCGUGAAUUUAAAAUUGGUUUUCGAAAACAAAAACAUAUCGUAUGUGGAAAUACAUUGAAAUACUGUAAGCGCUAGAUUUUUCGCAGAACCGACAUAUUCGUGAAUUCUUCGUGUAGGCAAGUUGCCAAUUUGCAUUUGUGUUGAUGUUGCCAGCUUUGCUCAGAGCUCUCAGCAGAAUAUAGUGAAACCUUUUAUUAAAACUGACAAGUUGAAAAGUGUUAUGUUUUUCAAAUUGCGACAAGCUAUAAAUCACAAGACAAAAGAAUUGCAAAUAGAAUAUAAAUCAAAAAAUAAAUAUGCAAAUUUUGAAACAGUGCCUUAGUAACUUAUUAAAUACUAUACAAAGUGUUGCGUGUGCUGCGUUGAGCCGUCGGUGUUUAUUCUAAAAAAACUAAAAUUUUCUUUCAAAAGCGAAAACAAAAAAGUAUUUAUAACGACGUUAACAGCAGUAAUAUUUUUGAAGCCUACACAAUUUCAUGUACUUGUGAAUCAGGAUCGAUAAUUGACAAAUAAGAUUUUCGGAAAAGGAACCACUAAGACAAAAGCAAAACAAAAUCAGAAAGUGAUUUGUUUGACCGCAGCUUAAACGCGAAUAUUUAACACAGAAAAAAUAAUAAUAUCCUCAAAAACAGUUUUAAAACCUCUGCAGCAAAAUUUGCGAGAUCCAUUUCUUAACACUCUAAAUUUCUUUGCCACGCCCCGUUACGCCCGCUUACAUUAUCAACAUUGCGCCCAUUUGGAUUAUGGGCAUAUCCGAGGACGUCAAGCUGGACGACCUACCGCAAGAAGCCAAAUUAGCACAUCAGGAUGCCAUGCCUGACCGUUCGGCCUCGUGCAUUGUGACGACCGGUGUUAGCGGCGGCACGAAUAGUCCCAUUUCGGAUACGAAUAGCGAUGGCGAUUUGGACGAUUAUGCGCCGAAACGUAAACAGCGUCGCUAUCGCACCACAUUCACCAGUUUUCAAUUGGAAGAGUUGGAGAAGGCCUUCUCGCGCACACACUACCCCGAUGUUUUUACCAGAGAGGAAUUAGCUAUGAAAAUUGGCCUAACUGAGGCGCGCAUACAGGUUUGGUUCCAGAAUCGUCGCGCCAAGUGGCGCAAACAAGAGAAGGUGGGGCCGCAAUCACAUCCAUACAACCCGUAUUUGCCCAGUGGACCGGGCGCCAUGCAAGCCGUUGUCGGCCCAACAUUGCCGCCGAACCCGUUCACACAUCUGGGCUUCAAUUUGCGCAAACCAUUUGAUGCGCCGGCAAAUUUGGCCGCCUUUCGUUAUCCACACCUGUCGGCGGCACCAAUGUUGCCAUCUGGAUUUUACAAUCAAUUUCAAAGAGCGCCACCACAUCUAUUACCCAGCAUGGCCAGCAUGUACUCACCGACAACUUCCUUCCAAACGCUGUUGGCCAAUAUGACCGCUGUGCCGCGCCCACCACCAGCACCGGCACAACUCACCAUCGCCUCUGUCAAGCCACCAAUGCUUAUUUCAUCCCCCGAAUUGCACUCACCCAAUCAGCUCAUUGCUUCACCGCCCAUCUCCCCCACCUCCAUGACAAUGCAAUCAAUGGCACCACCACCCUCGGUGGCACACUCUCACGCCCAACAACAGCAAGGCCAAUCAUCGCCGGGGCUCAACAUGUCAAUGAUGCAUCAAGCGCCGCCGCCACAGCAAACGGCAACGCCAAGUCACACACAGUCGCCGCUGCAGUUGGCGCAUUCACCAUCACCACACCAGUCAUCACCAUCAUCCUCGGCUGUGGCAGCCUCGCUGGUACAAGUGCCACGCACCGGCACGCCACCCGAAGAUCGGCGCACCUCAUCCAUUGCGGCGCUGCGUCUAAAGGCGCGUGAACAUGAGCUCAAGCUGGAGUUGUUGCGCCAAAAUGGACACGGCGAUGUGCUCAGCUAGUUGGCGCUGCAGUUGCGACCGUUGGUGAAGCGCUACCAGAGCGAGUUUGCAGCUGGGAUGCAGUGCAGGAAGGGUAUAGUGGAGAAAUUCAGCUCAAAUCAGUGGAAAUUCGGAGUAAAUGCCCACGAAUUUUGUUGGAAUUAAAAUGUAUUAAAAUUAUAUUUUAUUUUAUAUUUUAUUUUUAUUUGGAUUGUGGUUAAUCAGCCAACAACGUUUGUAUGUAGGUGUUUUUAAAUUAUUAUUUUUUCCAUUAUUUUAACUAUAUAUUCAUAUUAAUAUAAAAAUUAAUACCAGUGCGCUCAAUAAAGCAGUUUUGACAUAGUCGCAUAUAGAAAAUAGUAUUUAUAUGCAUCAAUAUAUGCAACUUUAGUUAGUUACUUACGUAUUCCAUUAGAAAUUUGUGAAAUUUGUUUAGUAUUUGAAAAUUAAAUUUUAUUGAAAAUAUGUAAAAAGUUACAUUAGCGUAAUAAAAAGUUUUUGUGAUAUUCACAAACUGUAUAAAAAUGUGAA